AUGGUUUCCUGGUCUGAUGACGACAGCAGCGAGAACUCUCACCAGUACGCCGACUCAGCUUCAGACGAGGGCAUCAUCAAGAUCCCUAAGACCAUCGAUGACUCCGAUUUCGAGGGCACUGAACCUGAUGUUUUGUGCAAUGAACACUCCCUGCCAGCAGAGAGGCGUGUUGCUUUCCAGGGCAUCCAUACUGGCAGGAGGUUCUUUGCUUGUGCUGUGAAGGAGGGAAGAAACUGUGGGCUAGUUGAAUGGGUUGAUCCAUUUUGGCCAGCUACAAUGGAGAAUGCAUUGACCAAGUUGUGGGAUAAGUAUGAAGAGUGCAGGAGGAGCAAGAUUGAGGACAAUCUGGAAAGCUCAUUUGAUGUUCACAAUCUGACACAACAGAAGAUCAAGCUGCAGGAAAGUUAUGAGAGGUUGGUUGAAGAUGUCAACGGCCUUUUGGAUGCCCAGGAGCAGAGGGCUCAGAUGGAGAGAGGUAAGAUGCAGAACAAACCUGAUGAGAGCAAGCUGCAGGAGAAGUAUGACAUGCUCAAGAACCUGACAGUUGCUCAAGCCAAUGUCAUUAGGAACAUGAAGUUGAAGCUUGUUGAAGAGAAGAUUAAGUUGCAGGCCCACAUUGAUGAGCUUGAGAAGGUUUCCGAGCAGACCAAGCUGAAGCUGAAUGGGAUCAAAGCCAUCUUAGAUGAAUGA